CCGAGUAGGUGCACCGACGGGGAACGGCAUCGGCAGAGCACUUCGAAGUUUGCGGCCGUUGACUAGCGCAUGCCGCACUGCAGUCGAACUUGGGUGGAGGGGACGGUGUCGCGGUUCUCUAUCCUGGUAUUUCCAGCCGUAGCUCCAUUCCAGAGCAGCUCAGUUGAGGAAUCUCUUUGUGUCUUUCAAGUCUUUGUCAAAAGUCAGGUGAACGCCACACUUCUCUCCGCUCCGCCCAUCCGCUCCGCCGAUCCACUCGCCUUUCACAAUGGCCGCCCCCGCCGCCACCACCGCUCACGUCGACAACGGCAUACCGCAGGCCAUUCCCGUGGCGACACCUGUCGACCCCAUGAAGGUGGCGGCACCUCCAAGCGGGGGGGAUAAGAAUGCGGCCCUCAAGGAGGGGCUUGUGCAGUUCGUCGCCCCAGAGCCCCAGAAGUUUGGCGACAUUGGCAGGGACAUUGGUCCAGCCAUCGAGGGCUCCAUUGAUGUCCUCAAGAACCUGGGCAAUGGCGCUUCCACCGGCACCAAGCCAUGGGGGACCGAGUUCUUCGCCUUCUGGGAGAACCCGAUGAUCUGCCUGUGGACCUGCUGCUGCCCGUGCAUCAUCGCCUCCCGCGCGAUGGCGUUCGUGUCGGGCCAGUCGUGCGAGAGCCACUGCCUGCAGGGCUGCAUCGCCAACGCCAUCUGCCUCGGCCCCUGCUACUUCACGCACCAGCGCAGCAUGCUGCGCAAGAAGUACGACCUCGAGGGCUCGAACCAGCUGGACUGCAUCCUGGCGUGCUGCUGCGGCGGCUGCCUGUUCUGCCAACAGGCCAGGUGGCUCAACAAGAACGCAGGAUUCGCUGUGCCCCUCGCGUAAGGCAGCGAAACCAGAGGGCACGUGGCAUCACCUGCGGAGUAAAGCUAGGAGAGCGAGGAGCAGGGUUCGGGCUGAGCCAGCAGGCGCGAGCACGUUUAGUACGUCCGGGAAGGUUACAUGCGUUAGUACGUCCGGAGAGGUUACGUGUAGAUGACGUAAAUCUACUUACUGAGUCAGGUCGAGGUCGGCCCAGCUACUUAUAUUGCUUCGUAAAGAUGAGGAAUGAUUAUGCUACUUAUUUUCAUGAUGAGACGUGUGUUCGUUAGUGAGCGCUUGGGUAGAGCUAGCUGGAUGUAGUCAAAAAGGCGCUUCUAUUUAUGAAGUUUGUUCGUAAGGAGUGGGGUAAAUGAGGUCGCCCACUGAUCGAGCUUGGGAUAGUCAGAACUUAGGAUUUUAGGGCAUUACAGAAUAUCAGGCCUUAAGUUGCUUGCAGAGGAUUCUAAAUGUAAGUGCGUUCUAGCUUUCUUUUCUUAGAUGUUGUUUCCAGCUAAGGUCUAGGGUGAACUUACUGAUGGAGCAACAGUUCAAGACUUGAACAAACCAUCGAACGUUGACAGUUCUUCGACUGGGGAAUGAUAUGCGAAUUUAGACAAGAAUUGGCGCUUAAAGCUUGGAAACUUGUGCGCACAGUCUUGAGACUGAUAGCUUGGAACUCGACGUGGCAGUGUUCAUCUUGGAUCACCAUCUACUAUUGGACGCUGCAUUCUUGCGCAAUGUC